AUUAGUUUGCAGUUGAGCAGUUGCAAGGAAACGACUGAAAAGAAUCUGCUAUAGUUUGGAUUCCUGCUGCUACUAGAGAGAGAGAGAUCUAGCUUGCCCCUGGACUUUAUUCUAGGCUUCUAGCUGCCUCUCAUUUCGACCGCUAUUAUUAUUGUUGAGUGGUGAGUCCCAAGGCGCUGAACUCGUUAUCUCUCAUCAAAGAUGGCCAGUCCCCCCACGUCCCCCUCUACUCGGGUCUACAAGGAAGGGAUCCUGCUAAAGCGUGCCAGAGGAUUGAGGAACAGGAGGAACAUAAAGUGGCAGGAACGAUACUGCAAACUCACAGCUAUCUCAUUGGAUUAUUAUGACCCAAAGAAAAUGAGUGAGCUAAAGGGACAGUUUAAACUGGAGCAGAUCAGUAUAGUUGAGAUCAUUGCUCAUGGGAUGUUUGAUAAAUUAAAGGGACAUCCAUUUCAAAUUGGAGAUCUAAUUGAAGUUAUGUAUUUUGCUGCCAAGUCUCCACAAGAAAGAAAUGAAUGGAUGGAGGCAUUUCGCAUGGCUGCCAUUGAUAAAGGCAAUGAGUUACUUUUAAAGCAUCAUCCUGGAGUGUAUGGCCUGACUAAUAAGGACAGGUGGAGCUGCUGUGGCAGAGCUAGGAGAGAAUGUGAAGGGUGUGCUGAUUCAAGAGGAGCUCUUAAAAUGCUGGGAAAGAAUGUUGAAACAAAAAAAGACCGCUCAUUUACCACACCAAUGGACUUUGUUGGUAUUGGAGACACUCCCAGUUCUGCUUCCCCUCUCAAGAAUUCCAGAGAUGACCUCUCCAGCUCCAUGAAGUCAGACGCAAGUGAUACAACCCUCACAGACCAAUUUGAUGAGACUGGCCCCAUUAGAAGGACAUAUACCAUUUCUAAUGACUCAAAACCUAAACCACACAGUGCUCCUCCCACAUCUUCCAUAUCUCCUAAGAGUCCAACUCUUAGUGAUACAAUAGAAGAAGCUGAUGAAAGUGUUCCCUCUCCUUCUCCUCCUCCGACUGAAAAGAAAACCAAAGAUGCUAGCCCUCGUCCUCCCAUGCUGCCUGAUGACAUGACAAGGAGUGGAGCCAGCUCCCCAGCCCUCAGUACAGAUUCUGGUAGAGGUACAAGCUCUCGUCCUCGGUCAAUGGACACCACUGAAGGUGAUAAUCCACCAUCAACCCCUCAUUCUCUCCGCUCAAACUUCACCACUGUCACAACAGACUCUGAUCCAACCAAAAGCUUGGGACAUGAUGUACUGGCUAGAGCUAGGGCUGGAGCACAUGUUGAUAGUAUAUCCAUUAUGUCUGAUGCUAGUGCUAAUUCAGGAUUUUCAGCUACUCCAUCAACCACUUCUCAUGUUUCACGCAUCAAGAGAGGAUCAAGACCACAGAGUAUACUAAUGAAGGAUGGUAUUGUGAUUCAUGUUGAAGCUCCUGAGAAUUCCACUACAGUUGAUAACAGCUUAUCAAAGCUCCACCAAGCCUGUAGAGAUGGAAAUCUUGCAAUUGUUCAAGAUGAGUUGGAUACAGGUGCUCCAGUUGAAGGACCAGAGAUGUUCAAUGGAGUACCAAUGCUACCAUUAUUCCUAGCCUUCCUUUAUGACCACAGACAUAUUAUUUCUUAUCUUUUGGAUCAUGGAGCUGAUCCAAAUUCACUGGACAUAUCAACCAGAUCUUGUUUGCUACACAUGUCAUGCCAAAAAGGUUGUAUGGCCACUGUCAAGUGUUUAUUAGCACAUAAAGCUGACAUUGAUAUGAGGAGUCAUGAUGAUAAGACACCACUCUGUGAAGCCAGCAAACAUGGACACAUGGAAAUAGUCAAAUUGUUGAUAAACAGUGGUGCUAUUGUUGAGUGUCCAGGUAUAUCAUAUUCUCCAUUGCAUUAUGCCUCAGAGGCUGGUCACGUCAACAUAGUCCAACUAUUACUAGACAGCAAAGCUAACUCACUAAGGAAGACUCAGCUAGGGAAGUCUCCCUACCAGUUGGCUUUUGAGAACAACCACUCGGACGUCAUGUAUGUGCUCCAGAGAACUCUUCCUCCUCCUGAGAGACCCUACCAGAUUGAGUAUUCUAUCAAGUUACCCUCAGAUCAGGUUUUAGCUUCUAUAUCUUUCCUUGGUGAUAGCGAUAAAAUUAUCACUGGAUCAUGGGAUGGAUUUGCUAGAUUAUGGAGUGUAAAUGAUGAUAAUGGCCUACACAUUGAUAGAGAGUUCAGACUACCAGACACAGUUUUAAGUUCCUCAUUUCACCCUCCAUUCCUAGCUCUUGGUUCUGCUAGUAUACAAGUGAUAGACACUACUAGUCCUGACUAUGAGUGGAGAAGAACUGUAGCUGAUGAUUCUUCUGAUGAUGAAAACCUUAGUGAUCCUCCACUCCAUUUUGUUGCGUAUACUUCAAGUGGGCAUUUGAUAUCUGCAUCAGUUGAGUCAAACCUUGUUAAGAUCUGGCCAUUAAUCAACAAAGGCUCAAUCAUGAUGGAGCCUGAGGGAGUCCUGAGGAUUAAGGAAGACAUGAAGCAUGGACGAAUUACAAGGUUAAGUGUGUCUCCAUGUGAAGAUGCUCCGUGGUUGGCUGCUGUACUUCAGCCUGGCUCACUGUUUGUUCCUGAAGGAAAUCAAAAAGUUCACAUUUAUAAUUGGAAAGAAAAGAAAGUUUAUCACAUACUAGAUACUGGUAAAGGUGGUUUAACACUAAAUGUUCAUGUGACAUUUUCUCCUAAUGGACAAUACUUUUUAAUUGGCUACAUAAAUACACUCACUAAAUGGCGAACAUCAACUGGUGAAAGCAUCAAAAACAUAUCCAGCCUUGGAAAAGAUGAUGAGAUAUCUUCACUAUGUUAUUCUCCUAAUGGUGAACACAUAGCUGUUGGUCUUGCAAGUGGUGACAUACACAUCAUACACUCAGAGACUGGCUCACUCCUAUUCACUCUUAGAUGCAAUGAUGAUAGAUCAGCUGUCAGAUCUCUAUGUUAUUCAUCCACUGGGCUCCAACUUGCUAGUGGUCACUCAAGAGGCUCCCUACAACUUUGGAAAGUGUUUGGAAAUGAAUCAAAUUGAACCAUUAUUGUAAAUUAUAAUUAUUAAUUAUUAUUAUUAAUUAUUGUCUUGUCACUUAUUUUUUUCUGUUUCUUUAUGUAAGGAUCUUCUCCUAUUACUGCCCUUUCUAUUUCUUUCCCUUCAUUGUUAUUCUUAUCACA